UAACCGUUGUAGCACACAUGAUGGGUAAUUUUGACUUUGAGCCGGGGCUUUUAAUGUCAUUAUUCUAUUUGUGUCAGUUAAACAAUCUGUUAAUCUAUUUAGACUGCAAAAAUCCAGCUUUGAAUCCAAUCAGCAGGGGCGAGCUCGGGUUGACAAUAAUUUAAGACAAUUGUUUCUCCAUCCACGUGAGUAUCAUGUUAGCAAUCUUAAGCUAGCCACUGUCUGCUAACUGUAGUGGAGUGGGGAACCAGAUGGAUGUCAAUCUUUGAAUGAAGCUUUCUACAAGAGGAAAUCGCGUGAACCCGAGGUUCUUGGAGUAACACCUUACCUCUUCUAAUUCCUCAGGACUGUAAUGAUGUGGACAUGACACCUGCUCACAGAGUGCACCUGUUGGUUUGACACUGAGGUGGCUGCUGGACUCUGUGCUGGUUCAACUGAGAGCUUUUUGAGGUAGAGAUCUGUGAGGAUGUUUAGGCUCCGUUGUGUGAACUCCUUCCUCCGGAGGCUCCUUCACAGUGGGACAGUGAACAGAGACCAGGUUCUGGAGCAGCUGCGGGUCUGCUCUGUGGCAGACCAGGUGUUUGAUGUGGUGGGCAAGAACACAGCCAAACUCUCAGUGAACCAUGUCAGCCUGGCUGUGGGGAUGCUGUGGGAGUUUCAGAAAGAGAAGCCUCAAAUUCUCAGGACUAUUGAUCUUGUCAAGAACCACCCACAGUUUUUGACUCUCCGGGUCUUGGCGGAGAACAAAAUUGCACACAUGGAGGAUUCUGAGUUAAUCGAUAUGCUUUAUAAUUUCCUGAGGUUUAAUGUGGAUCAACAUGAUUCUCUAGUUCAGCAAAUGGUGUCAGAAGCAUGGCUCAGAAUAGAAAGACUUUCUCUGGCGUCCCUGUCCAAGUUUGCAAUAUGUCUAAAUGAUCAGCAGCUUCAUCACAGCCCUCUGAUGGGACACAUCACACACAUUGUUGAUCAAAAGCUGCCAUCUAUUGAUGAUGUCAGAAUCCUCUCCACCCUGAUGAUAAGUGUGUCGUCCCUGGUGUCUCCCCGACUUCGGGACAGCCUCAUCACCAGAGCAGACCUUUUGCUCGACUCCAUGGAUCAUUCACAUUACAACAACCCUCGGAGAAUAGUGCAGUUCUUGCGCAGCAUGAAGUACAUCCACCGGCCCCUGCUGGAGAAGUGCAACGAGAUCUUCUUGUCAAACAUUCCCAGUAUGGACGCUGAGAAUAUCAGCAUCGUCUUGGGGUUGUGUCAGUCCCUGCAGUACAACAACUGCGACUUCAGACUGGCUGUGAAGCAAAGACUGACAGAGCUGAUCGACUCCAGCACCGAUCCUUUCUCAUUCAGUAAACUCUUUGUGGCUCUGGCUCCGAUGGCCAGUCAGGAGAUGAGAGAGGGGUUGGAGAAUAACGCCCUCCUAUUGGCAGAUGAGUUCAGCCCACACCAGGCUCUGGCUGUGAGUGAAGCUCUGGAGGAGAUUCAGAGCAGGAAUCUUAGCUUACUCAACAAAGUAGCAUCAGUAAUCCAAAGAAACCUUCACGUCUACAAGCCAGUGGAAGUAGCCAGAAUCACCCAAGCCUUUCUUAUGUUGCAGUACCAGAAUCCUGAACUCUUCUCUACUCUGAGAACCACUCUGUUAAAGUUUUUACAGGGCAGCAUCAUCCCCUACGAGGUCACCAUGCUGGCCCGCGUUCUCUCCAUGCUGCCCAGCAUUCGACUUGACGAGGGCAUCAUCUCCCGGGUGGAGGCGGUGGUGCCACAGUGCAACCUCAACGACCUCAACGCCAUUUCUUUUGCCGUGUCCAAGUGGGUGCGCAAUGACCCCUCCUACCGCCACAACACCCCCAGCAAGUACGUUCGCCUGCUGCAGACCCUGAACCGCUGCGGUCAUGAGAGGCUGCAGACUGCUGAACGGCUCGACCUGCUGUUGGAGGAGCUCAAGUACAUUUCGGGGGAGUGGUUUGAGGAGAUGCUGGUGGAGGAGACGAUGGUGACACUGAAGAAGAUGAUAGACCAGAUCAGCUGGACCAAUGGGCCUGAGCUGGCUCUGUUCUUAACCAGGAUAAACCACAUCUGCCCUCCUUUGAUGGACCAAAUCGCCAAUGUGGCCAUUAAAGACAUGGACAAGAUUUAUCACUCUGCAAUAUAUGCCAUCAUACUUCCCUUCUCUGUCCUCAAUUAUGAUCCUGUUCAAGCAGAUGAGUUGUAUGAUGCUUGCAUCCAACGUAUCACUCCUCAUAUCAGCUCCUUUGACCCACAUCUGCUAGUCCUCCUGGCGUAUGCCUUUGCUGUUGCUGACACUUUUCCUGAAGUACUCGUCAGAGAAAUCUUCAGUAUCAACUUCCUGGGAAAGCUGGACGCACAACUAGAAACCCUCCCUGAUGCCCUCAACAUGCGGACGAGACUGCGCCUCAUGGAGCUCAAUCGUGCCAUUUGCCUCGAGUGUCCUGAGUUUCAGGUUCCCUGGUUUCAUGAGCACUACUGCAAACAAUUACAAAAGAAAGGGAAUGGUUCUCUCAGUCCAGCUCAACAGCAAAUCCAUAGAAUACUGGGGGAAGUUCUGGGCGGUAUAAACUGUGUUCGAGGAGCAGUCGUCACUCCAUAUUAUUACAAAAUAGACUUUGAAUGUGUCUUGGACAAACGCCUUCAGCCGGUGCCAUACAGCGAGCCAAGCACUCUGCAGAUCUCAGACAUGGGGAAGGUUCACUGGGGGACGAGCUCAGUAGAAAACGGCAUUGAUGAGCUGCCACCUGGAGCUCAAAGAGUUGCCGUGGAUUUUCUUGAUCCAAGGUCUUUCUGCAAGAACUCUCACCACAUGAAAGGGGAAGCUCUGAUGAGAAAAAGACACCUUGAAAUUCUAGGGUAUCGUGUUGUUCAGAUUCCUCACUUCGAGUGGAACUCGAUGGAGCUUUCAACGCGUGAUGCCUGGAAGGAAUAUCUGAAGAAGAAAAUAUUUAAAGAGCUUUCAUCUUGAAAGUUUUAUUUAUUGAAUGUUUGGAAGAUGUUACAUUCAACAGUGAGCUUUCAGUUGAAAAUUUUAAGACUGAAGGACUGAAGAGUCUAAAAAUCACAGUGAUGCAUCAAGUGUUCCUUAGGUUGACAUGAAUCUACCUCAUUCAUGUUAAAGAUUGUGAAUCUUUUUUUUGUAUGAAAAAACGUAUUUCAAAAUAAAAUGUUAAUCUCAA